AUGGAGCUUUUGGCGACGCUUGCGCUACGCCAGUUUGGUAUCAGAGCAAGUUCCGUUCCGGUGCCGGUGAGCGAAAUUUUUUUUUCUCUCACAAUCAUGCCUCCACGAAAGACUGGCGGCAACCCCCGUGAUGAUUGGACUGAACUCCGUGGAGCGCUGUUGGCGAUGCAGAAGAACAUCCAGGUCACGAUUUCGAAUUCGAUCCAGGAAUUGACGGAAGCUAUUCUUCAGAACCAAGAUCGCCGUAGGGAAGAGACAGAUGACGAGGAAGUGGAGACAGAUCACAAUCCAUUUGCUCCAGCUUAUCGUCAUGGGAGAAACGAUCGGGUCCAGUAUCAACCAAAUCGAAGGUGGGAAUCAGGUUUCAAGCUAGACCUUCCGGAGUAUCAUGGAAGCUUGAAAGGUGAUGAUCUGUUGGAUUGGAUAGUGGCAGUAAACGAGAUUCUCGAUUUCAAAGAGGUCCCGGAGGAUAGAAAAGUGGCAUUGGUGGCCACAAAGCUUCGCGGCACAGCUGCGGCGUGGUGGAUGCAGCUGAAGACAACUCGGGAGCGUAAUGGCAAGAGUAAGAUCAAAACGUGGGAAAAGCUCCAGAAACACUUGAAGGAGACAUUCUUGCCGUUUAACUACGAUCGUACUUUGUACACGAGGCUUCAGAAUUUGCGACAAGGCACGCGUUCGGUGGAGGAGUACGCUGAGGAGUUUUCGCUCUUGAUGACUCGCACUGAUAUUAAUGACAGUGAGAUACAGCUGGUAUCACGUUUCAUUGGUGGUCUGCGUCCGCAACUUCAGUCGGCGUUAGCUCAGUUUGAUCCAACGUCUGUAGCAGAGGCGCAUCGGCGAGCUGUGGCAUUGGAGGGACAGUUCAAACCAAGUUGGGGAGGUAGUUCGAUGAGAAACAGAGUUACAGCUUCACCAGUUGCUGACACAGUGCAAGCUAAGGAGAAUGUCGAGUCACAACAGACAAAGCAACCUCAACAACUGCGUAGUGGAAACACAACGGAGGAGCAGAGUUUGCGUCGUUCCGCUAGACCAAAUAUGCUGCGAUGUUUCUCAUGUGGGGAAGCAGGGCACAUUCAAACAGCUUGCCCCAAUAAGUCUCGUCGAGGCUUGCUUGCAGACGGCCCUCAUUGGGAAUCUAAUGCGGUUUUUGACGAUGAUGACCUGGAGGAGGAUGGAGAGUUACCCGUGGAGCAGUUGGAAGGAGACCGUGGAAAGAUUCUGGUCGUGAGACGAGUGUGUUUCGCCCCAGCGACUGCAGAAGAACCUUGGUUGAGAACGAAUCUCUUUCAGUCCAUGUGCACAAUCAAAGGGAAAAUCUGUCGCUUCGUGAUUGAUUCAGGUAGUUCCAACAAUGUUAUCUCUGAGGAUGCAGUUCGGAAGUUGGGAUUGAAACGGGAAGCCCAUCCGCGACCCUACAAGCUACAAUGGAUAACAGAAGAGGUGGACUUUCAGAUAUCACAUAGAACGUUGGUGACGUUCUCGAUUGGUGACCACUAUAAGGACCAACUCUACUGUGACAUCACCACGAUGGAUGUGGGCCAUAUGAUUCUAGGGCGUCCGUGGCAGUACGAUAGAGGGACAAUACAUGAUGGCAGGCGCAACACAUACAGUUUCAUGUUUGACAAUAGGAAGAUUGUGCUACUGCCCUCGACACCGGAGGCAACACAAUUGCCUCGACUCGAUAAGGUGUUUGCGCCGGAGGAGAAGCAACACAAGGCAACUACAUUGUGCUCGCGCUCGGUAUUUGAAACAGAGAUGAGGGAGUCGGGUUUUGCUUUGAUGUUGAUAUCGUCGCCCACGCUGGAACCAAUGUCACGAGAGGUUUCACCACAGCUCACGUCACUGUUGAGGGAGUUUAGUGAUGUUUUCCCUGAUGAGUUGCCUCAGGGGCUCCCACCUUUGCGCGACAUACAACACCAAAUCGAUUUGGUUCCCGGAGCUAAGUUGCCAAAUCGACCACAUUAUCGGAUGAGCCCACAGGAAAAUGAAGAGCUACGGAGACAAGUGGAAGAGUUGGUGGCGAAGGGACACAUCCGCGAGAGUCUCAGCCCAUGUGCGGUUCCGGCGUUGCUUAUUCCAAAGAAGGAUGGGUCUUGGCGUAUGUGUGUAGACAGCAGGGCGAUCAACAAGAUUACAGUGAGGUAUAGAUUUCCCAUCCCUCGACUAGAUGAUUUGUUGGAUCAGAUUGGGACAGCGAGAGUUUUCUCAAAGCUGGAUUUGAAGAGCGGGUAUCACCAAAUUAGAAUCAGACCGGGUGAUGAGUGGAAGACAGCUUUCAAAACCAGAGAGGGCUUGUUUGAGUGGCUCGUGAUGCCUUUUGGCCUGUCCAACGCGCCAAGCACGUUCAUGAGAGUGAUGAACCAAGCUUUACACCCUUAUAUCGGUAAAUUCUUGGUGGUUUAUUUUGACGAUAUAUUGGUGUUUAGUUCAUCGAUAGAGGAACACAUUCAUCAUUUACGGCUCAUUUUGUUGGUUCUGAGGCGUGAAACUUUGUUUGUGGCAAGACAGAAAUGUGAUUUUGCAACUGAUAAGGUCUUGUUCUUGGGUUAUGUGGUGUCAAGCAAAGGUUUGUCCAUGGAUGCGACGAAAGUGGAAGCGGUACGUUCUUGGCCUGAACCACGAACAGUGUCGGAUGUGAGAAGCUUUCAUGGGCUUGCGUCUUUCUAUAGACGUUUUGUGCCUCAUUUCAGCGCAAUUAUGGCUCCCUUGACAGAUUGCAUGAAGGAAGGCAAGCUACAAUGGACUGAGGCAGCAGCAGCGGCGUUUGAGUUAAUCAAACAAAAGCUCACAACGGCUCCGAUUCUGGUACUCCCGGAUUUUGCAAUUCCAUUUGAGCUUCAUUGUGAUGCGUCGAAGCAGGGGAUUGGCGCGGUCUUAAGUCAACAAACGAAACCCGUGGCUUAUUACAGCGAGAAGUUGGGAGGAGCGAGGGUUCGUUACAGUACCUAUGAUGUCGAGUUCUACGCAAUUGUGCAGGCAAUUAAACAUUGGAAACACUACUUGUUUCACAAGGAAUUUGUGCUGUAUACUGACCAUGACGCGCUCAAACAUCUAGACAGUCAAGCCAAGGUAUCGGCAAGACAUGCCUCAUGGAUCGCAUUUUCGCAACAGUUCACUUUCGCCAUUCGUCACAAGUCAGGGAAAUUGAAUAAGGUGGCCGAUGCUCUGAGUAGGCGCCAUUGUUUGGUGACUACGAUGCACAAUUCGAUCUCAGGUUUUGCUACAUUUGCUGAAUUAUACUCUUCUGAUCCGUUUUUCGCUUCUGUGUUACAUGAUGUGAGAGAGGGAAUGCCAAUGGAGUUUUCAAUUCAAGACGGGUUCCUCUUUAAGGGCUUGCGUUUAUGCAUCCCUGACUGCAGCCUCAGAUUAAAGAUCAUUGAGGAGCUCCACAAGGAAGGUCAUGUGGGUAGAGAUCGGAGCUUACAGCUGGUUUCAUCGUCUUAUUUUUGGCCAAGUCUGAGACGAGAUGUGGAGAGAUUUGUGGCUCGUUGUCGUGCGUGUCAGACAACAAAGGGUCAGGCAUCCAACGCUGGUUUGUACAUGCCUUUACCGGUUCCUACACAACCCUGGACAGAUGUGAGUAUGGAUUUUAUCUUGGGAUUGCCGCGCACACAAAAAGAACAUGACUCGAUCUUUGUAGUAGUUGACAGAUUUUCAAAGAUGGCACACUUCGUCCCAUGUAAGAGAACAACUGAUGCUCUGCUCGUUGCUCAGUUGUUUUUCAGGGAGAUUUAUCGGCUUCACGGUCUGCCGACGUCUAUUGUAUCUGACAGAGACACAAGAUUCCUGAGCCACUUUUGGCGAUCGGUUUGGAAGCUUCUCAAUACCAGCCUUGACAUGAGUACAGCUUAUCAUCCUCAAUCGGAUUGUCAAACGGAGGUGACAAAUUGUUCUCUUGGAAAUAUGCUUCGGAGCUUAGUUGGUGAACAUAUUAAGGCAUGGGAUUCCAAACUACCACAGGCGGAGUUCGCUCAUAACCAUGCCACGAAUAGAAGUCUUGGGUUUUGUCCUUUUCAGGUUGUCUAUGGGAUCAUUCCUCGAGGCCCUUUAGACCUGUCCGCUGUUUCGGACGUUUCUCGGAUGCACGGGUCAGCUACUGCGUUUGUGGAGUCUUUGCAAGAGGUGCAUUCCUCGGCGAUUUCCAACCUGCAACAGGCUUCCGUGCGUUACAAGACGGCUGCUGAUAAACACAGGCGUGAGGUGUUGUUUGCUCCAGGAGAUUUGGUGUGGGUUUAUCUCACGAGGGACCGCAUGCCGGCGUCCGAAUACAACAAGCUUCGUUCGAGGAAAAUAGGUCCGAUCAAGGUUUUGGAAGUCAUCAAUCCAAAUGCGUAUCGUCUCGACCUUCCGCCGCAUAUCAAGACUGCAGACGUGUUCAGUGUCAAGUAUCUUAGUCCGUUCAAGGGGGACAACAGUCAAGAUUCAGAGGCGAAUCUUCUCCUACCUGGGGAGACCUGA